AGUGCAAUGAAGUGCAACUGGAAAUAACAAGAAAAGUAUUUGGAUCUUCAGUCUUCAAAGAUGGUGACUGUUUUAAAUGAUUCCGAUAGUGAGGAUGAGCUGCCACCGGGAUGGGAGGAACGAACGACGUUGGAUGGAAACGUUUAUUACGUGAAUCACUAUACCAAGGGUACGCAGUGGACACAUCCAAGGACUGGUCGUAAAAAAAUCGUCAACGGGGAUUUACCACCUGGAUGGGAGAAAUGUAUAUCAGAUGAUGGCAAAGUUCUAUACGUGGACCAUACAAAUCGUACAACAACCUAUACUGAUCCACGCUUAGCAUUUGCUACCGAAUAUAGAGAAAUAUCUCAGGUAUUACGACAAAGAUUUGAUGCAAGUAGCACUGCCUUAGCAGUGUUACAUGGUCGAGAUCUACGCAACAAAGUUGCUCUUGUUACAGGAGCUAAUACAGGCAUUGGAUAUGAAACAGCCAGAUCAUUAGCUUUGCAUGGUUGCAACGUUGUAUUAGCUUGUAGAAAUAUGGAGAAAGCUAAUGAAGCUAUAAAACAUAUUCAACAAGAGAAAGAGACUGCAAAUUGUACGGCUUUAGAAAUGGACUUGACAUCACUGAACAGUGUGCGUAAAACUGCUGAGCAGUUCAAGCAGAAAUUCAAGUCUCUUCACAUUCUUAUAUUAAAUGCCGGUGUAUUUGGAAUACCUUAUCAGCUUACAGAAGAUGGUUACGAGACAACAUUUCAAGUCAAUCAUUUGUCGCAGUUUUAUUUGACGCUUCUAUUGAAAGAGACAAUACAAAAUACUAAUAAUUCCAGAGUCAUAGUAGUUUCCAGCGAAUCACACAGAUUUUCAACAAUUCGAAUUCCAGAAGAUAUUCAUCAAUCAACUCUAUCUCCACCGGCGUACAAGUAUUGGGGCAUGGAAGCGUACAAUGAAUCAAAACUUUGCAAUAUUCUAUUCGCGCAAGAACUGGCACGACAGUGGCCCACCGUGAGCGUAUUUUCUUGUCAUCCUGGUAACAUGGUGUCUACAUCCUUAUCGCGUCAUUGGUGGCUGUAUCGACUAUUGUUUGCUUUAGUACGGCCGUUCACGAAAUCAUUGCAACAAGCAGCGAGCACAACAAUAUUCUGUGCUACUGCACCAGAAUUGGAAGGUGUAACAGGUAGUUACUUUAACAAUUGUUGUCGUUGUCAACCAUCGAAUGCUGCUCUGGACCCUGUAUUAGCCACGCGAUUAUGGAUUCUUAGUCAAAACAUGAUAACAGACGUUAUAGAAAAAAAUAAGAAUAAUUACGGAGAAAAAUGAGAUUUAUCAUCUUCAAUUAUCCGCUAUUAUAUAAAUUAAAUAAAAAAAUGUUAUUAAUCCUG